UAAGGACCAAAUUGCGCAGUUUGGAAAUAAGUUUGUAUGAAAAAUAUCAGCCAAGAUAAGAGAGGUUUGUAAUCUCACAAUUUCCACUAAAGCUAUUUAAUAAGAAACUUAGCUUGGGAAGGGAAACGUAUUAUUGGAACGCUAAAUAAAUGUGUAGGCGGAACAUUUUAAUCCAUUAGGGGACUUUUCCCCAACAAAGAUGGGCAAACAUUGACCCAAUGGAGUUGUUUCAUAGUCGACUUGCCCUGUCCCUGAGGGCCUGCAUUAGAAAGCCAUUACAUUUUCUGUGAAAACAUCAAAGGAUAGUACGACUUAUAAAAUUAGUUGACUGACGCGGGUCAAAUGUCGCGCAACGCGUUCAAGGAGUUGAGGGUUCAGCUCCGAACCAUGCGGUGGCUUGGUGUCCUGCGGUUCAGCAUCAACUUUGAGAAGAGCUUGGUUCGGGAAGACGCUUUCGAGCAGCGCUGUUCCUGGCUGUAUUUGGUGGCCGUGCUGGGCAUCACCUGCAGCCUAAUCGUCUAUAGCUUCUAUUUCCCGGGCCACUUUGUCAUAGGCAGGCACAACAGCACGGGCAACUGCUAUGCCCUGAUCAACUUUAGGUCCUGCUGCGUGGUAACUCUGCUGGUCUACAUCCAGCUCUACAUGCGGCGGUGCCGCUUUGCCAGCCUUUUGCAGUCGAUGCUACGGUGCAACCGAAUCUACGAGAGCAGCAGGGGAGCGUUGUCGUCGGUGUUCCCCUAUUUCCUGCACCUAACCCUGUUCCUGGCCUGCAUGCUGAACUACGCGUAUGGAUACUGGGCGGCAGGCGUUCGCUUGGCCACGAUUCCCAUAUACCUUCUGCAGUACGGGUUUUCCUAUCUCGUUCUUGGCCAGCUAGUUGUCCUAUUCGUCCAUUGUCAGCGAAUUCUGCUCUCGACCUUAGAGCACUACAAUCAACUAUUCCUUAAAGGACUUGAGUCGUGCAAAGAGAGCUGCGUAUUUUAUGAAAUCUUUCGCAAGUACAAUCAAGUUAUGUGGCUAAGCCAUGAGGAGGUAAACCAAUGCUUCGGCAUGCUGCUACUUCCCAUAACCGGGUUUAUUCUGCUGAUAACCCCCGCCGGACCUUUCUACCUGGUGUCCACUAUCUUCGAAGGCCGACAUAUGCAGAACUGGCGUUUUGUCUUUAUGUCGUCAACUGCUGUAUUUUGGAGCCUGCCCUGGGUGGCUCUGUUAGUGUUGGCCAUGGGUAUGAACGGUAUUCAGAAGGAGGUGAGUAACUUGUUAUACCCAUUUAAAAGAAUAACAUAACUGGACUAGGACGGAAGCUUUCUAUACCAUUGAAGACAUUAAGGGGUUAUCCUACCCCUGACCUUUUAAAAAAUUCAUUUUUUUCAAAAUUUUUUAUAUAAUAGUAAAAAGUGUAAGGAAUGUUGUCCGAAAAUUUCAAGUCGAUCGGAGGAAAAC